UCCAUCCCUUCCUCCCUGCCUCCUCGGCUGGGCCUGGGGGCCUGGGCCAGCUACAAGUUGUGAUUGCAGCCAUGGGCCAAGGAGACAGAGGCCGCCCAGAGGCCGGGGGUCCGGCAGCCGCUGUGUGAGGCGCAGGACACAGGGUCGCCAUGGGGACAGCUGCCCUGGGCCUCCUCUGGGCAGUCCUCCUGCUCCCUCUCGUGGUGUUUGGGGUCCCUACCGAGGAGCCCACCUCUGGGGAAGCGGUGGCCUCCAGUCCCCCCGGGCACUGUCGGCGGUGCUGUGACUCUGAGGACGCCCUGGCCCCCGCCGACGCUGCGGACGUGUCCUCGGCCUCGCCGUCCGCCCUCCCGUACGUGCUGCCGGAGGUCAGGCCCUACAUCAACAUCACCAUCCUGAAGGGUGACAAAGGGGACCGAGGUCUGCUGGGCACGCCUGGGAAGCUGGGCAAGGAGGGCCCCCGGGGAGAGCGUGGCCCGCAGGGCACCAAGGGCACCAAGGGGCAGGCGGGCAGCCCGGGCGGCCCGUGCCGGACGCGCUUCUCGGCCUUCUCGGUGGGCCGCAAGACGGCUCUGCACAGCAGCGAGGGCUUCCAGCCUCUCCUCUUCGACACGGUCUUCGUGAACCCCGACGGCCACUUCGACCUGGCCGCCGGCCACUUCGUCGCCCCGCUUCGUGGCCUCUACUUCUUCAGCCUCAACGUGCACAGCUGGAACUUCAAGGAGACGUACGUGCACGUCGUGCACAACGAGGAGGCGGCCGUCAUCCUGUACGCGCAGCCCAGCGACCGCAGCAUCAUGCAGAGCCAGAGCGUGAUGCUGGCCCUGGCGCCCGGCGACCGCGUCUGGGUGCGGCUCUUCAAGCGCGAGCGCGAGAACGCCGUCUACAGCGACGACGUCGACACCUACAUCACCUUCAGCGGCCACCUCAUCAAGCCCGAGGACGAUUAGCGCCUCGAGCGGGCAGCUCUGGCGUGGGUGGCGGGGGCAGGUCCAUCCCCAGAGGGGCCUCGCUGUGGCCUCUGUGAAGCAGGCCCCCGGGAACCGGCCUUCUCCUGGCCCCUCUUCUUCCCCCCUCCACCGGACUGCCCCUCCCAGCCUCUUUCCACCUCUCCUCUCUUGGAUACAUUUUAAGAAGCCUUCUAACCUGAAAAUUCUAGAACUUUCCCAGCCUUUUAGACUAGCACUCCUCAAACUCGAAUGUGCCUAUGAAUCAUGGGGAUCCUGCAGAUUCUGACUCCGCAGGUGCAGAGUGGGCCCAGGAUUCUCAUUUCUAGUAAGUUCCUGAGUGAUGCUGACACUGCUGGUCUAUAGAUCCCACUUGAGUAACCAGAUUCUAGAGCCUUCACAACAUUCGAGUACUCACUGAAUAUUCUGGGAUCCUCCAAACAUUCUAGAAUCUUCCCAACAUCCUUAAGUUCUCUCAUUCCUCUAGGACUCCUCCUCCUCCUCUGUUCUCUUGCCCCUUCCCCCUUCUCUCUCACUCUCCUCUGCACCCCCGCCUGUGCAGCUGCCAUUCAUUUAUUCAUUCAUCAAACACCCACUGAGCGCUCACUCUGCACCAGGCUCUGAGGUAGCUGAGGUGACCCAGACACAGGCCCUGCCCUCCGUGAGUGCCCAGUCCAGCCAGGCCUGGGACACUGGGUUCUGAAACCAGACCCAGAGAAACUCACGGGGCUCUUAUCAAGUCAGUCUGUGCUCUGGGCAUCAGGUACUGGGGCCCUUCAUUACCCACUGCUCCCCAAGGCUGGUGGGCUAGGGUCCCCGGCCCACUCCUUUCCUUCCUGCCCAGCGCCCAUUGUUAAAGUGAACCCGACAGGGGCCUUGGUCAGGGCAAGAGUGCUGUGCGGGCAGGGCCUGGGGCCUUGCGGUGUUUUGGGGUGAAGGGGGCCCCUGGGGGAGCCCAUCUGGUAUGGUAACCGUGAGGGCUCCUGCCCUCCUCACGGCAUCCCCUCCCUGUCCCUCACGGGGCUGUCAGGGCCUUGCUCAGCCCACCCUGCCCAGGUGCCAGGCCUCUGUCAGACACUGCCGUCUGUCCCCAGGUGCUCUCGCCGGCCCAGUGCCCCCAGCUCCUGGGCUUUGUUAAGGUGCUAGGCCCUUGUGGGCAGCUCCUGCCCAGCAGGGCCUCCUCUGGCCUGGCGCUGCCUUGACAGACGCCACUGGGCAGUGGGCCAGCACGGGAGGUGCCUGGCUUUGGACCCUCAGCAGGUCUGGGGAACUGAAGCGGGCAACAUUCCAGGUCAGUCGGGGGACCCUCCUCUGAGCCAUGAUGCCAAGAGAGGCAAUGGGAGAAGCUGAGGCCAAGUAAAGGUGUCAGGCCUUCUGUCCCUCUCUCUCCAGGGGUGGAGCAGCCUGGCAGCCCCCAGCCUUCCCACCCCCCACCCCAGGUGGCCUGAACCCUCCCAGAGGGAGACGGCCUCCACCCAUUGGUGCUCCUGCAGACUCCGGGGCAGAGGUGGCCCCGGUGGUGGUCUCUGGUGCUCACUUGGCCAGGGGAGCCAUGGCUGCAUGGUGCGUGGCUGGGGGAUGGCAGCAAGGCCUGAGCAAGUGCCACGAAGGCCAGUGCUAUCCCGCCGCCCCAGCCCAACUUCGCCCCUGCCUUGCUUGUCUGGCGUGAUUAAAGGAUGUGUGUCUUCUUGGCAA